GGAGCAGGAAGCAGCGAGGCUACCGCCGCAGCGGUGGAAAAAGGAAGAGCACCAGAGUCGGUCUUUAGUUGUUAAACGGUUCUCAGACGUAAUAUUUUCUCGGCAAACACUGGGAUUAUUCGUUUUCGACUGGGUCACAUUUUCCCCGACUUUGCAGGAGGUGAGAGCUCCUAGCCAGCUGGACACUGGCCGGAGGCAGGAUCUUGAGCUGUGAACGGUGGACAUCGGCUGUGCAACGGCCGUUUUGAAUCAGCGUGCGUCAGUGAGCCUGCAGGCUCCACACUGGUGCUGAGGCAGGAUGAAGAGGUUCAGGCGACACGGCCAGGAGUCCCAGAGAGAUCGACUCAAACAGGAGCUCUUCCAGUUCAACAAGACAGUGGAGCAUGGUUUCCCCCACCAGCCCAGCGCUCUGGGCUACAGUCCCUCCCUGCAGCUGCUGGCCAUCGGCAACCGCUCCGGGGCCAUCAAACUGUAUGGAGCUCCAGGUGUGGAGUUCAUGGGUCUACACGAUGAGAACGCUGCCGUCACACAGGUGCACUUCCUCCCCCACCAGGUUGAACUGGUGACUUUGCUGGAUGACAACAGUCUGCACAUGUGGACUUUAAGAGCCCACAAGGGACUGUCAGAGCUUCUGGAGAUAGGACGCUUCAUGCUCACGGGACCACCUGGUGCUCCCCCAAGUGUGACCAGAGUGACGGCAGUGCUGGCCCACUCCUCAGGGGAGCUGCUGCUGUUGGGGACAGAGGGAGGACAUGUCUUCAUCGUUGAAGUCCCCGGGUUCAGAGAGCUGGAGGAGAGGAACAUUAGUCUGGACCAAGUCGCCAGCAGUGUACCAGAUGACUACAUUGGCCGCAGGAACCUAGAACACGUAGAAGCCUUACAGGAGAACCCAGUGAACCCAAACCAGGUUGUUAUCGGCUAUGGACGAGGUCUCAUGGUCAUCUGGGAUCUGGAGAAACAGUGUGCCAUCCAGCACAUCCCUGCCACACAGCAACUGGAGAGCGUGUGGUGGACAGAGGACGGGAGCUACAUUCUCAGUUCUCACAGUGACGGGAGUUACUGUCGAUGGAUGGUGGGAGCGGAGGAUGUGAACGAGGAGGAGGAGAAGUCAGACAUUCCCUACGGACAUUUCCCCUGCAAGGCCAUUUCUAAAAUAGUUCAGCUGCCGACAGAAGAAGGACCUCCAUUCCUGCUGUUCAGUGGCGGCAUGCCAAGGGCCAGUUAUGGCGACAGACACUGUAUCACAGUGAUCCACAGUAAAACACAAGUGGCUCUGGACUUCACCUCCAGGAUCAUCGACUUCUUCGCCAUCAGAGCCGGACCGCAGCACACAGGAGACCCCAGUGCGCUGGUGGUCCUGGUGGAGGAGGAGCUGGUAGUGAUUGACCUGCAGACGGAGGGGUGGCCGGUCAUUCAGACACCGUACCUGGUUCCCCUCCACAGCUCGGCCAUCACCUGCUCCCACCACAUCUCCGCCAUCCCCCUCAAACUGUGGGAGAGGGUCAUCGCUGCCGGGGACCUGCAGAACACACACUACUCCAAAAAGCCAUGGCCAAUCACAGGAGGCAAGAACCUGGCCGCAGACCCUCCACAGAGAGACCUGCUGCUCACAGGGCACGAGGAUGGGACAGUGUGUUUCUGGGACGCCUCAGGAGUCUGUCUGUAUCCCAUGUACAAGCUGAGCACAGCUGGAGUGUUCCACACCGACGCCGACCCCAACGACAACAUGAACCAAGGAACCGAAGGAGAGUGGCCGCCGUUCAGAAAGGUCGGCUGUUUUGACCCGUACAGCGACGACCCGAGGCUCGGCAUUCAGAAGAUCCACCUUUGUAAAUACAGUGGUUACCUGACUGUGGCUGGCACAGCUGGACAGAUCCUGGUGCUGGAGCUGAACGACGAGGCAGCGGAGCAGACUGUGGAGGCUAAAGUCGUGGACCUGCUGCAGGGCCAGGAGGGAUUCCGCUGGAAGGGCCACACUCGGCUGGAUGUGCGAGAGGAGCCGGUCCUGUUUCCUCCAGGCUUCCAGCCCUUCGCCGUGGUCCAGUGCCAGCCUCCUGCUGUGGUCACCGCCCUCACCCUGCACUCAGAGUGGAAGCUGGUAGCUUUCGGCACCAGCCACGGUUUCGGCCUCUAUGACUACCAACAGAAGAACAACGUCCUCAUCAAGUGCACCCUAAACCCCAGUGACCAGCUUGCCAUGGAGGGUCCUCUGUCCAGGGUGAAGAGCAUAAAGAAAUCCCUCCGACAGUCCUUCAGGAGAAUCAGACGCAGCAGAGUCUCGCUGAGGAAACAUCACGUCAACAACGCUGCGAAGCUUCAGGACGCGAAUGCUCGUCUGGAGGCUGAGCUGGCGGAAAUGGAGCUGGCUCCCGUCCAGAGGAAGAUCGAGGCUCGCUCCUCCGACGACUCCUUCACCGGUCUCGUGCGGACGCUCUACUUUGCCGACACCUUCCUCUCAGACAGUUCACAUAACUCACCCUCCCUAUGGGCAGGAACAAACGGUGGCUCUGUGUUUGCGUACAUGCUCCGCCUUCCUCCUGUGGAGCACAGAGCAGACGAACCUGUCACAGCACAGCCGGCCAAGGAGAUCCAGCUGAUGCACCGGGCUCCUGUUGUUGGUAUAGUGGUGCUGGACGGUCACGGCGCUCCUCUCCCCGAGCCCCUGGAGGUGGCUCACGACCUGGCUCGCUCCCCUGACAUGCAGGGAUCACACCACCUCCUAGUCAUAUCUGAGGAGCAGUUUAAGGUUUUCACCCUGCCUAAGGUCAGCGCUAAGAUGAAGCUGAAGCUGACGGCCAUGGACGGCUCCAGAGUACGGAGGGUGGGCGUCGCCUGGUUCGGCAGCAGUCGGUCGGAGGACUACGGCGAAAGCGGCCUCCUGGUUCUGACCAAUCAGGGCGACGUCCACGUGGUGUCGCUGCCUGGGGUCAAGAUGCAGGUUCAGUACCCCUGCAUCCGCCGAGAGGACGUGAGCGGCAUCGCCUCCUGUGUCUUCACCAAGCACGGCCAGGGCUUCUACUUGAUCUCUCCCUCUGAGUUUGAACGGUUCUCCUUGUCCACCCGCUUCGUGGUGGAGCCUCGCUGUCUGGUCGAGGUUCCUCUUCAUCCAGGCACCUCCAACCAACGCAGGCCACUGCGAGAUGGAGCUUCAUCUGCUCAUGGAAAUUCCAGACAGGACAGCGAGGACGCAGAAAGCGCAGCUAGACGUGUUAUGGAGCAUGCUUUGCUGAAUGAUGAGAAAGUGCUGCAGGAGAUCCAGAAGUCACUAGAAGGUGAUCAGACGUCAUUCCUGGAGAAUAAUGUGAAGAGUGCUGUAGCUUGAGAGACGCUGCUCGACAGUGGAGACAACUGACUCGUCGAUGUGUAUGAAGCGUUCUGCAGUCCUGUAGCCAUAACCACUACUGUCCCCCGGCCCCUCUCCUCACUGACUGACCUCCCCACUGACUCUGAGCUCACCCCGGCCCCUCGUACAGAGACACCUAAGGGCUCUCAGCGGGAGUGCGCUCGGAGCACCGCGAGCGCACGUUGUGAAGACUAGCAGUGCAGACGGAGGUUGAAGGAAGAGACACCACCUGUGCCUAAAGACCACACACUGUACACGCGUCAUCACAGCAUGGUCACAGCCAUUUAACCCAAAGCUACAUGAAGUACAUUCCUGACAUGUGACCACUGCCACAACUCACGGAUGCCAGCGUCCAACCAGCAUCUCACAUCGGCCACAGACGCCACUUGUCGAAGUCGUUUGACUCACACAGCGACCACGCCUACAUCAUCCCGCGAGGCUUCAUCACCGCCAGUCUUUGUCCGCUCUGAUGUGCAUCUCACUGGCCUUCAUCCCACCACGUGGACGUACAGCCGGAAGGACUGGGAGGGGUGAUCUGAAUAAUGAAGAUGAAAAUAUUUUGUAGCUGAAUUUUAUGUGAUUUGUGCCUGUUUUUAUUUGAACUUCAGAUUUUUCUACGGAGGCCCAUUUCUGCCAGGAAAAGGAAAAAAAUCAGAUGGAAAGUUAGGCAUGAUUAAAAUUAUUUAUUUUCUAAAUUCAUGGUGAGUCACAAUUAUGAGAUAUUAGAUAAAAAACAAGACACUUAGGCAAACAUCUGAGAUAUUAAAACCAAAUUAUGAUAAACUAAAAAAUUGUCACACUUAUCAGAUCCUAAGUUAAAAUCAACUUUGUUCAAGUCAAAAUUAAUACUUUUUUUUUUAACAUGGUAAGUCAGUAUUUAUUUUGUCAUAAUUUUCAGUAAUUGUCAGUUUUUACUUGCUUAUGUCUAUUUUGAUGUAGAAUUGCAAUUUUUACUUUCGUGAUUAUCUUUUGAUUGAAUUAUAUUUUUACCCAAAAGUUAGUUCUACUCGAGAUGUAAGUUUUACUUGGUAUCUCAUAAUUUUGUGUCACAUGAUCUUUUUUUACCAGAGUAAUAAUUUUGAUUUAGCAUCUCUACCUUUGAUCCAGCGUCAUCAUUUGUUCCCAAAUCAUAAUUUUGGCAUCAACAGCUUAUUACUUAGUACCUCCAUUAUUUUGCCUAUUUAAAUAUCAUACUUAAUAGUUCACCAAGUUUGACUAGUUAAUAUCAUUUUGAGUCAAUUGAAAAGUUACUAUCUCAUAGUCUUGGCUUUUUUAAGUCAAAACUUUGACUAAAUGAGCGUUUUUUAUUUUUAACAUUCCUUCCAUUUCAUCUUUUUCUUUUUCCUUUUUUUUUUGGCAUAAAUCAGCUUCUAUGCUUUUCAGAUUAACUGUCAAGGGAAGAUGUUUUUAAUGACGACCCAGAAGAGAAAAAAAAUUUACAUUGUUUUAUGUAUGUUGAAUCAAACUGUUAUUUUUUAUUUUAUUUUUCAGUCAUAAUUAACUGAAUUAGUAAUAGCAUUAUUGUAUUGCACCACUGUAUCCUGCUAACACAGGCCUCUCCCCUCCCAUCCACUUUUAUACCAUGAUAAGAUAACUGGCCAUAGGUACUUCUCCACUACUGCGGCGCUCACAAUGCUGUACUGUUUUUUGGAGAGGGGGGCAGGUUUCUAUGGGGGAGUUCUUUUUUCAAUUAUUUUUAUGUAAACCAUUUUUUUUAUGCCAGCAAUGAAUAAUGUAAUUUAGGAAUGUAAUUGUAAGCUAUUGUAGUGAAAUGUUUUUAAUAUAUACAGUAUAUAUGUGCCCACUGUACCUGUGGGCCUGUUGUAACUGGGGUUGGCUGCUAUUUAGAUCAUACAAGGAAAUAUUUUGGUACUGUGUCUCAGAAUGCUGGGUAUUUUAGCAUCAACCUAGAAUAUAUUUUUGUAGUGACUCGAUUAAGAAUCCAAUUUUUUUUUUUUUUUUUUUUUUUUUGAUUUGUAUCUUCACACUACACUUUCUUGUGGAUAAUUAUUAUUACAUGUCUUUUCCCAAGAAUGGAUGCGUCUGUCUUUAUUUUUCUUAGUACACUCACACAUCUUCACUCUGUAACUGAUAUUUUUCCACAUCAUUCGUCUACAAAGAAAUGU